AUGACGCAAACAGACGACGAGCUCCUCAUGAACAUGGGCUACAAGCCCGAGCUUAAACGCCAGUUUGGUCUAAUCGAAGUCUCUGGCUUUAGUCUGAGUUUGAUGAGUGUCGUUCCUGGUAUCACGGCAGUAUUCACCGACAGUCUUAGUGCCGGUGGUGUCGGAUUAUCGUGGGGUUGGUUUAUCCCUUGCAUUUUCAUCAUGUGCGUCGCUUUAUCUAUUGCGGAACUUAGUUCUUCCAUGCCGACGGCAGGUGGUCUGUUCUGGUGGACCUACAAGUUUUCGCCCAAGAAAAUCAACCGACCUCUGUCCAUGCUGGUCGCCUAUGCAAACAUUUUUGGUCUUAUUGGGUCUAUCUGCAGUAUCAACAACGGGUUUGCCGGCAUGAUUUUGUCGCUGCCGGCUAUCGAGGGCGACUUUGAGCCUUCCAAGUUCCACAAGUACGGUGUUUUCUGCGCUGCAACCAUCACACAGUGCCUGAUCUCAUCGUUAGACACUAGCUUUAUCAACAGAUCGCAGUGGUUCAUGAUUAUCGGCAACAUCGUGCUUGUUGUUCUUUUUUGCAUCGCCUUGCCUGUCGGUCUCACAAGCAAGGGCAUCAAACUCAACACUGCAAAGUUUGUGUUUGGCGAUACUACAAACAUUACUGAUUGGCAGUAUGGAUGGUCUUGGCUCCUGACCUGGAUGGCACCCAUCUGGGUAAUUAGUGCGAUUGAUGGCUGUAUUCAUCUCGCUGAGGAGGCAACCAAUGCCGCUUCUGUUGUUCCUUUCGGUCUGAUUUCCUCCACGCUUUUCACCUGGAUCUUUGGCUUCGCUGUUAUGUGUAUCGUUGCCGCCGUCAUAACUCACGACUUUGACCACAUUAUCAACUCCCCUACUGGCCAGCCUAUGGCUCAGAUUUUGAUGGAUACCCUCAACGACAGGUGGGCUCUAGGCCUCAUGAUCUUCAUGACCAUCUACCAGUACCUUGUUGGUCUCGCUAUCGUCACUGCAACCUGCCGUUUGACUUUCUCUGUUGGUCGUGACAACGCUCUUCCUUACUCCAAAUGGUUCAAGAAGGUUCACAACGGUAUUCCCGUCUAUGCCAAUAUUUUGGACUGCGUAAUUGCUAUCUUGAUUGGCCUACUUGUUCUUAUUGGUCCCGAAGCUGCCCAGGCUGUGUUCAACAUUCCUGUCAGUUCAAGUGGUUUGUCUUGGUUUGUCCCCAUCUUCAUGCGCUCUUUCGUUGCUCCUGAAGAUGACUUCAACCCUGGGCCGUUUUAUAUGGGCCGUUUCUGGUCCAAAUUUGUUGCAUUCUGUGCAUGUGUCUAUUUGUUCUUCGUUGUUGCUGUUUUGGCCAACAUGCCCAUGACCAAACAUGUCGAUAAAACGAACAUGAAUUACACCGUUGUCAUCAACAUGGCGAUCUGGAUCUUUAGCUUGGUCUACUACUAUUGCUGGGGCCAUCGUAACUACCAUGGUCCCCAGAUCACGGUUGAGACUAUGGAGGGUGCUGAUGUUGAGCAUCCUAUGGUUAAGAUGCCUUCAAAGGCCAAGGAAGCCAACGACUUGGGUAGUACCGAUUCUACUAUCAGUCGUUUGGAAAAAACUGUCUCGCCUUACCAGGUCUAG